GCGAGGGCUGCUAGGAGCCUCGGGGUCCAUCUCAGUAGCCUCUCCGGCCGCAGCCAUGGAGUACACAGCCUCCCCGAAGCCCCAGCUCUCCUCCCGGGCCAACGCCUUCUCCAUCGCGGCGCUCAUGGCCAGCGGGGGCCCCAAGGCCAAGGAGGGCACGGCGGAGAGCACCAUCAAGCCCCUGGAGCAAUUUGUGGAGAAGUCGUCUUGUUCUCAACCCCUAAAUGAAUUGCCGGGCUUAGAGACCCAUGGAGAUUUCGGCAGUAGCAGCAGCCCUUCCUCCUUGUGCACAGAGCCCCUCAUCCCCACCACUCCUGUCAUCCCCAGCGAAGAGAUGGCCAAGAUCUCAUGCAGUCUGGAGACCAAGGAGCUUUGGGACAAAUUCCAUGAACUGGGCACUGAGAUGAUCAUCACAAAAUCAGGACGGUAA